CUUGUGUUCUGGCAACGCCUCUCGACAGUCGACACCAAAAAAAUAAAAUAAAAUAAUUAACUCCCAAAAAUCCAAAAUCUCUGCCAAAGUUUCGCUUCAAAAGAUCUCUUAAAAGCCAUGUGGCGAUUCUCCGCUACUUUGAGCUUCUCUUCGAGGCUUCUCUCCUCUUCGUUCUCCACCAAUCCUAAUUACUUUCAUCACGGCUUCGCUUUUUCCGUUUUCGCUCUAAACGGCGUCGUAGAACCGCCACUUUCUCCUUCUUAUCAACGCUUCUGCUUCUCAUCGUCGGCGCCUUCACCUUCUCCCUCGUCGGGCUCCGUUAUAAAGCUAUGGUUUCUCGCCGACAAAUCCGAAGCGUUUCGACCUUUAAGUUCCAAAGCUAGAGAUGCAAUCCAGCUCGCUCGUCAUUACGGUCGAUGCUAUUGGGAGCUCUCCAAGGCUCGUCUCAGUUUGCUGGUGGUGGCAACUUCGGGGACUGGAUAUGUAUUAGGGAGUGGAAACGCCGUAGAUUUGGCGGGGCUUUGUUGUACCUGUGCUGGAACCAUGAUGGUUGCUGCUUCUGCGAAUUCAUUGAAUCAGGUGUUUGAGAUAAAUAAUGAUGCCAAAAUGAAGAGAACAAGGCAAAGACCUCUACCCUCGGGACGCAUCACAGUACCACAUGCAGUCACCUGGGCAUCUUCUGUUGGGUUUUCUGGCACUGCUCUGUUGGCAUUCAAGGCUAAUAUGUUGGCAGCUGGGCUUGCAGCCUCCAAUCUUGUUCUUUAUGCAUUUGUGUAUACUCCAUUGAAGCAGAUUCAUCCUGUAAAUACAUGGGUUGGGGCUGUUGUUGGUGCCAUUCCUCCUCUUUUAGGGUCUGUUGCUGCUUCUGGUGAGAUUUCCCUCAAUGGAUUAAUUCUUCCAGCAGCUCUCUACUUUUGGCAAAUACCCCAUUUUAUGGCCCUAGCAUACUUGUGCCGCGAUGACUAUGCUGCAGGAGGGUACAGGAUGUUCUCCCUUGCAGAUCCUUCAGGUCAACGAACGGCUGCCGUGGCUUUCAGGAACUGCCUGUAUCUCAUUCCUUUAGGGUUCAUAGCCUAUGACUGGGGUGUGGCUACUGGGUGGUUUUGUGUUGAAUCAACGCUUAUCACCCUAGCAAUAAGUGCUGCAGCAUUAUCAUUUUACCGCGAUCGGACCACUCAAAAAGCAAGAAGGAUGUUUUAUGCUAGCCUUUUGUAUCUUCCUGUAUUUAUGUCUGGGCUCCUAUUUCAUCGUCUCUCCGAUAAUCAGCGAUGCCUUGCGGAUAAUCCUGACAGGAUUGUUGAGCUUUCAUCUACCUCACAAGAUCUAACUGAAAGUGGAGAAGAUUAUCAGAAGAAGAAAGUGAGGCAUUUGACUGCUGGUCCACAAGCACGCUCACCUGUAGCAUAUGCAUCUAUUGCUCCAUUUCCCUUUCUUCCUGUUCCUUCUUAUGUCGAUCCUUGAUGUGCGAAAUUGGCUUCAAAUUUUGUAUACCGAAUAAUAAACUUGUUGCAAGGGCAGCCAAAACAUCUUCAGCUUUCCAUUAAGCUUUUCUCUCAGGACUUCAUUUACACAUUUUAUUAUUCUUCAUUGUCAAUAAUUUGAGAUUAAAUGUAAUUGUGAUUCAGCUGUUAAUGCACUGAGUGACAUUCAUCUUGCAGGUUUUCUGCAUGCUGCCUUCCAAAUAAAUCCGUUGUGCAUUGAUCCAACACAACGUUUUCACAUUG